GGGUGAGGAGCGACUGGGGGGGGACCGGGGGGGUCCCGGGUCGGGGGCGCCGCAGCUCCGGGGAGGCCCCGGCGGUGGGGGCGGGGCGGCGCCCGCUAAGCCCCGCCCACAGGGAGGGGCGAUGGCCACGCCCACUCCGCGCUGCCCCAUUGUACGCCGGGAGAGGAGGGGCGUGGUCUGCGUCCAGAGGGCGUGGCCUGACGGAGACGCGGCCAAUCGGGGUGAGGGGGCGUGGCCGGCGCCGAGCGCAUCCUACCAGGAGAAGGGGGCGUGGCUUGGCGGUUAAAGGGGCGUGGCUCGCACGGGGGCGCGGCGGGGGCGGGACUUCCGGGCGCCGCCCAGAUGUCACCGCAGCUCCGCACCGCCGCCGUUCCGCGGCUCCGCGCCCCCCGCCCGGCCCCGCCAUGCGGCGCCCGCCGCCAUGAGCCGGAAGCGGAGCGGCUUCGCCAUUACCAGCGUGCGCGGCGGGGGGGCCGGCUCCGAUCCCGAAGCGGAACACGCUGAGCCCGGAGCCCCCGGGCCGUCCCGGUUCCGCCUGGUGCGGCUACCGGCCGCGGGUGAAACGCUGCGGCGCGGCCGGUGGAUCUGCAGGGAUUUCUACGAGCGGGAGGCGGCGGGGUCCGUCCGGGUGCCGCUGUCCCUCGGCUCCGCCCCGCAGCGCCCCGCCCAGCCCGGCCCCGCGCAGCUGCCCCGCUCCUGGGGGCACGACGGGCGAGAGGCGCUGCCCCGCCCCCCCCCGCCCCCGCCGCACGGACACCGCCCCGGGGGCGGCACCGAAGGGCUCAGCGCGCGUCUGGGGCUGGCGGGAGCCGGGAUCGGCGAAGACGGCUCCAGCAGCGGCGUCAGCGCCAUUGACAACAAGAUCGAGCAGGCCAUGGACCUGGUGAAGAGCCACCUGCUGCUGGCUGUGCGUGAGGAGGUGGAGCUGCUGCGGGAGCAGAUCAAGGAGCUGAGCGAGCGGCGGGCGGUGCUGGAAAGGGAGAAUGGAGCCCUCAGGGCCAUCGCCACCCCCCAGCAGCUGGCCCGCCUGCAGCCCCCCCCGCCGUGAACCUCUGCCCCGUUGCUACGGGGCUGCCAUUGUGCCAUGGGCUGUGCCAUUCUCAGGGCUUGAGUGGGAUUGUGGUGGUGGGGGGGGUGGGGGGCUGUACCCCAUAAUCCCAUCUCAGCGCAUCUCUGCUGCUUUGUUUUUAUAGCAUAGAGGAGGACGGGGGAGGGGAGGGGGCGUGGUGUGCUGGGACGACGCCCCCACCCUUCCUCCCCCUCUCCCCCCCCCCCAGUCUUGGUUUGGGGCCUUUUGUAAUAAAAACGCACCUUUUCCAGCA